AUGCGCGAUAAAAAUUUUCCUCUGAAGAAAAUCCCGAACGAUGCGGAAACAGGUGUACCGACGACGGUCGAUUUGGAGAACAAUUCCAGUCAAAAGAAGUACACGGUGAACCAAUCGAACAAUAAAGGACUGGUGAUAUCGAAGCCUCUGUGCCUCCUGAUGGGAAUCGGCGCUUUGCUGUUGGCCAUUUUGGUGGGCCUUGUGGUGUUUUUCCUGGUGCCUCAAUAUUGCAACGGGGAGAAGCCCCCCGAGGCUCUGACCCACGUCCAAACGUCGAGUGAUAAUGUUAAAGUGGAGAGUAAGGCUGAUGAUGAUGAUGAUGAUAUCGACGAGAGGUUGCCGAGGAGCAUAGAACCCAGGCAUUAUGAGAUAAAAAUCCUGCCAGAUCUCCGCAACUUCACCACCGAAGGCUCCAUCACGAUGACUUUACAAGUCCUGCAAACCACCGACGAGAUCCAAUUCCACCUGCAAGGCAUCGAAAUCUCCCAGGAAUCCGUCAGAAUCACCUCCACCGGCGACACACCAGAUAACAUCGAAAUCACCAACCAGGAGUACUUACCGGGCGAUAAAUAUCGAAUAAAAUUGAACCAAAACUUAGCCUCCGAUGGGAUCUACGAAUUGUACGCGGAGUAUACCGGUAGACUCGGCGAACACCUGCAGGGAUUCUACGGAAUUCACUACAACGAUGCGAAUGGAAGAGAAAGGACAAUGGCUAGCACACAAUUCUCGCCGGUAGAAGCCAGAAAAGCCUUCCCGUGCUUCGACGAACCAUCGUUCAAAUCCACCUUCAAAAUAAUCCUAGCCAGACCCUCCGACAUGUCCACUCUAUCCAACAUGCCUCUACUAACCUCCACUCCAAUCGAACAACCCACCAACAAAUCGAAGAAAUCCAUCGCCACUAACGAUGGAUGGUACUGGGACGAGUACCAGACCACCCCGAAGAUGUCCACCUAUCUGGUGGCCUUCAUGGUGCACGAUUUGAAGCCCUACGAGACCCCCGAGGGGCCGAUGAAGUUCUGGUCGCGCGACCAGCUGGUCCCUUUCGCUGCCUAUGCAGCCCGAAUCGGUCCGAAGAUCCUGCGCUACUUCGAAGGCUACUUUAACUCCAAGUUCCCGCUGGAGAAGAUCGACGUGGUGGCCGUGCCUUCGUUCGGAUUCAGCGCCAUGGAGAAUUGGGGUCUCAUCACCUUCAGGGAGAGUAGCCUCCUCUACGAUUCCAACUCGUCUACUGUGGAGGAUAUCAGUAAUAUAGCGAAAGUGUUUGCGCACGAAUUGGCCCACCAGUGGUUCGGGAAUUUGGUGACGCCGAGGUACUGGAACGAUCUGUGGUUGAAGGAGGGCUUCGCUAACUACAUGGCGUUUUUGGGCGUGAACGAGGUCGAACCUAGCUGGAAGUUUCCCGAGGAAUUCGUGCUGACUUACACUGAAGCGGCGCUGCAAAACGACGCCUUGGAGUCCUCCAGACCAUUGUCGUUUGAUGAGGCGAAGAACAGCCGGCAGAUCCGCGAGUUAUUCGACGGUAUAUCCUACAGCAAAGGCGCUGCGAUAGUACGAAUGAUGAACCACUUCCUGGGCGAAUCGACGUUCCGCCAAGGCCUCGUCAACUACCUGAAGAAGUACCAAUACAGCAACGCUGAUCGAAGUGAUCUAUUUGCAAGUUUCACCGAAGAAGCGCACAAGAAUGAGGUGUUGCAACCCGACGAGAACGUGGAAACCAUCAUGGAAACUUGGACCAAAACCGCCGGUCUACCAGUCAUCAACGUCCAACCAGAUUACGACCGAGGUGUACUACAAUUAACCCAGAAACGGUUCUACUACAGCGGUAAAGCCGACGAAGACACCGCUUGGUGGGUACCAAUCUCUUUCGCUACCAACGCAUCGGGUGCUCCGGAUUUCAACGAUACUUCUCCGAAGUUCUGGAUGAGAGGCGAGCGAGCGAUCGCCGUAGAAGUCAACGUGACGAGGCACGAUUGGUACUUGCUGAAUUUGGAGCAAACCGGGUACUUUAUAGUGAAUUACGACGCGGAUAAUUGGAGGAAAUUGGCGGGUGAUAUCAUGAAAAUGCCGCCGUUGGUGCGGGCGCAAUUGAUAUCGGAUUCGAUGGAUUUGGCGAGAGCUGGUUUGUUGGUGUAUGAUGUACCGUUGAUGAUGAUCGCUAAUAUGGCGAUACAAGAUGAUAAUAUCAUGUAUAUACCUACUAAAGUGACGUUCGCGAAGCUGAAGUAUCUGAGCGAUAUUUUAUCGGACACGCCGGCUUUCGGUUUGUUCGAGCAUUACCACAAGAAUAUAUUCCAAGAAACCUACAAGAGAGUGACGUUGGACGAUCGCGUGCACGAGCACCUGACGAGGAAAAUUCGAAUGACGGUCCUGGAAUGGUCCUGCAGGAGUCCUGAUAGCAGGUGUACGCAUUUGGCCAAAACGUCCUUCAGGAAUUGGAUUGUUAGAGGAAAGAACGUGGAAAGCAACCUCAGGAGCAUCGUGUACUGCACGGCCAUCAGGGAAGGCGGCGAAAUCGAAUGGGACUUCGCCUACAAGAAAUACUUGGAAUCGACGUCGGCGUCGGAGAAGGACGCCAUUUUGGACGCUUUGGGUUGCACCUCGCUCAAAUGGCUGUUGUCCAGAUACUUGGAUAAACUUUUGUCCGAUCGCAGCAUAACCAUCCAGGACGCCGAUAGGCUCUUUAAUUCGGUGGUGGAGAACAAAGUUGGCACGCAGAUCGCCUUCGAUUUCCUCAGGAAGAACUGGAACGCCAUUAUCAAACACCACGGAAACGGAUUCAACAUCGUAUCCAAAAUGAUACUGAAGCUGGGAGAUCAUUUGUCCACCGAAUUCCAAUUAUCCGAGCUUAUUAGAUUCAGAGAUGGUACGAAGGAUAAAUUGACGACGGGAUCGUUUGCGAUCGCCAUCGAUAAAGUGAAGGCGAACGUGGAAUGGAUGAGGAAAAAUUACCAGCCGGUGAAGGAGUGGCUGGAGAACAACAGGGAUCUGAGGUCGACGGUGAUCGAGAGAUUGAAGUACGAGAGUUACUUGCAAAGUCAGGGGGCCGCGCGAGGGGCGUAG